CUCUCUCUCUCUCUUUCUCUUCCAAACCAUGCCAGAACUUUUCUCUCUUUCUUCUCCAAACAAAGUCAAACUCUCUUCUCCACUGAAACAUUUCCAACCUCAUCCAUUCAUCUUUCCAAACCAGGUCACAAUCCAACUUUUCUCCCAGGUCACAAUCCAACUUUUCUCUUUACUAUAUCACUAUAGAUCUACUCUAAUUUCAUGUUUAAUUUUGCUUUUCUCUCCUGCAUUUCAAUCGUUGUUACUGUUCCUUUUCUUUUGGCUCAUGAAGAUAUCACAAGUUUCUUUCUUCAUAGCACAAGUUUCUUUCUUUAUGAUUUGUAGGUAAUAAGUUUUCUGAUAAAUUGAGAAAUUUCGAGUCUUUAUUGCUUUCGGGAUCUUUUUGAAAUUUGGAGAUUGAAAAAGAUUCCAUCUUUAUGCCCAAAAUCAGCUGCUGGAAGAAGAGCCCUUGGAUUCUCUGUCUUCAGAUGGUAUGGACGAAGACUUACAAUCUAAUCACACAUGUAGUAUCAUUGAAGGCCCUAUUGUCAAUGAAAGAGGAACAACAAGAUUAUCAGUGGGCUCUUGAAAUGUUCAGUAAGUUAUUGGGAGCUGAUAAUCAUCCAGUGGCGAUUAUAACUGAUAGGGAGUUGGCAUUAAUGAAGGCAAUACAGGUUGUGUUUCCGAUGACUCCUAAUCUUUUAUGCGUAUGGCAUAUUGAAAAAAAUAUUCUUGCACAUUGUAAGCGUCAGUUUAAGGAAGAUGCAUAUUGAGUUUCUUUUAUGUCUUCUUGGACUGCACUAGUAAAGUCUUUGGAUGUGUCAAUGUUCAAUGAAGCUUGGAACUGUUUUCAAAUUGAGUACAAAGACUAUGCUUCAGUUUUCACUUACAUUGGCAAUACUUGGAUUCCAUGGAAAGAAAGGUUUGUAUUUGCAUGGACGGGACAGACUUCACAUUUUGGUAAUAAUGUUACUUCUAGAGCAGAAGGUGCACAUGGAACCUUAAAGAAAUAUCUUCAAUUUUCUACUGGUGGUCUACGUGAAGUGAAAGACAAUAUUUGUCUUGCUAUUCAAAAUCAGUUUCAGGAAAUUAAAACUCAACUUGCAAGUGAAAAGAUUCGUGUUCCGCAAAAGCUUUGCAUCCCUUUCUUUAAAGAGGUGAUUAAUAAGGUAUCUUUCCAUGCUUUGUUUAAGUUACAAAAGCAAUAUUUGUUGGCAAAUAUGAAAGACUAUUCAUCUCAAUGCAAGGGCCAGUUUUCCAAAACCAUGGGUCUCCCAUGUGUGCACAUGAUUAAGGAGAUGAACAUUGAAGUGUUGCCUAUAAAUCUGAUUCAUAAGCAAUGGAGGAUUGACACAAGAUCUUUCGGUAAUGAUCAUCAUGCAAGCUUGGAUCAUGAAGAUCCAUUUAGUAGUCUUAUAUCUGAGAUUAAAGAGAAGUAUGAAAAACAGCCACUUAUGCAAAAAGAAAACAGCAUAAGACAGCUUUCUCAGAUUCUUGGUGCAUCUUGUCCUUUAAUUUUUGAGCCUACUCUUCAACCUCACAAAGGUCGUCCGGUAGGAUCAAAUAAAAGAAAGGAAACUAGCUCUACAAAGCGGGAACCUUCAUAUUUUGAGGUAGUGGAGAAGGCACCUCGAAAAUGUAGGGGCUGCGGCAAGAUCGGCCAUUAUCGUAACAAAUGUCCAUCACUAGGAGAGCCUACUUUACUAGGAACACAGUGAGAUAACUCCAAGCUUCUUUUGGAGAGCAAGAAAUUUUUUGAAUUUUUUGAAGUGUGGCUCUCUUUAAGGAAGAGCUGAAAGAAGAAAGUCAUAUUAUUUUAGGGGGCUCUCUCCAAUGUACUUGGUCCGGAGGAUUUUUGUGCAGCAUUCCAUGGACUAUGUUAGGGGACAUAUUAUUUGGUAUUUGGUAGAUGUUAUUAAUAGGCGAUUUGAAUCAGUUGGCGUAGCUUCAACAAUGCAACUUUAUGUUCAUUGUGGAUUUGAUUGAAUGAGUUGUAUUGAGAUUAUGAUUGGGGCUUAUGCAUUUGUUUUUUAUCAU